AUGGUAUCCCCCUCCAUGUGUCCUUCCUCGCCCUGCCCAUGUGUCCUCUCCCUAUCACUCGCAGUUCCCCUGCUCAUCACCCUCGUUUCUUGGGAAAAUGCCCGCUGCAAGUGCGGGCGCUGUGCGUCAGCCGCCCUCUCCCAUUCCGUUCUAACUGCCAUCUCUCAUUCCUUUCCAGCAUCUCUCAUUCCUUCCCAGCCUCUCCCCAUCCCCUUCCCUGUCACCCUUAUCCCUGUCCCCCUUAUCCCUGUCCCCCUUAUCCCUGUCCCUUUAUCCCUGUCCCCCUUAUCACUGUCCCCCUUAUCCCUGUCUCCCUUAUCCCCGUCCCCUUUAUCCCCGUCCCCCUUAUCCCCGUCCCCCUUAUCCCCGUCCCUCUAUCCCCGUCCCCCUUAUCCCUGUCCCCCUUAUCCCCGUCCCCCUUAUCCUGUCCCCCUUAUCCCUGUCCCCCUUAUCCCUGUCCCCCUUAUCCCCGUCCCCCUUAUCCCUGUCCCCCUUAUCCCCGUCCCCCUUAUCCCCGUCCCCCUUAUCCCUGUCCCCCUUAUCCCUGUCCCCCUUAUCCCCGUCCCCCUUAUCCCUGUCCCCCUUAUCCCUGUCCCCCUUAUCCCCGUCCCCCUUAUCCCCGUCCCCCUUAUCCCCCGUCCCCCUUUCCCCGUCCCCCUUAUCCCUGUCCCCCUUAUCCCUGUCCCCCUUAUCCCUGUCCCCCUUAUCCCUGUCCCCCUUAUCCCUGUCCCCCUUAUCCCUGUCCCCCUUAUCCCUGUCCCCCUUAUCCCUGUCCCCCUUAUCCCUGUCCCCCUUAUCCCUGUCCCCCUUAUCCCUGUCCCCCUUAUCCCUGUCCCCCUUAUCCCUGUCCCCCUUAUCCCUGUCCCCCUUAUCCCUGUCCCCCUUAUCCCUGUCCCCCUUAUCCCUGUCCCCCUUAUCCCUGCCCCCAUUAUCCCUGUCCCCCUUAUCCCUGUCCCCCUUAUCCCUGUCCCCCUUAUCCCUGUCCCCCUUAUCCCUGUCCCCCUUAUCCCUGUCCCCCUUAUCCCUGUCCCCCUUAUCCCUGUCCCCCUUAUCCCUGUCCCCCUUAUCCCUGUCCCCCUUAUCCCUGUCUCCCUUAUUCCAUCCCCUUCCCUGCUUCCCCCCAUCCCCUUCCCUGCUUUCCCCCCUCCCUUUUUCUGCUCCCCCCCCUCCCCUUCCCUGCUUUCCCGCAUCCCCUUCCCUGCUUUCCCCCAUCCCCUUCCUUGCUUCCCCCCCUCCACUUCCCUGCUUCCCCCAAUCCCCUUCCCUGCUUCCCCCCCACCCCAUUCCCUUCCCCCCCAUCCCAUUCCCUGCUUCCGCCCAUCCCCUUCCCUGCUUCCCCUCACCCCCUUCCCUGCUGCUCCCCCCCCCAUCCCGUUCCCUGCUCCCCCCCAUCCCGUUCCCUGCUCCCCCACAUCCCGUUCCCUGCUUCCCCCAAUCCCGUUCCCUGCUUCCGCCCAUCCCAUUCCCUGCUUCCGCCCAUCCCAUUCCCUGCUCCCCCCCAUCCCCUUCCCUGCUUCCCCCCAUCCCCUUCCCUGCUUCCCCCCAUCCCCUUCCUUGCUUCCCCCUAUCCUCUUCCCUGCUUCCCUCAAUCCCGUUCCCUGCUUCCCCCAAUCCCGUUCCCUGCUUCCCCCCAUCCCAUUCCCUGCUUCCGCCCAUCCCAAUCCCUGUUUCCCCUCACCCCCUUCCCUGCUCCCCCCUAUCCCGUUCCCUGCUUCCGCCCAUCCCGUUCCCUGCUCCCCCCCAUCCCCUUCCCUGCUUCCCCCCAUCCCAUUCCCUGCUCCGCCCAUCCCAUUCCCUGCUUCCGCCCAUCCCAAUCCCUGCGUCCCCUUAUCCCCUUCCCUGCUCCCCCCCAUCCGUUCCCUGCUCCCCCCCAUCCCUUUCCCUUCUUCCCCCUAUCCCCUUCCCUGCUUCCGCCCAUCCCGUUCCCUGCUCCCCCCCAUCCCCUUCCCUGCUUCCCCCCAUCCCGUUCCCUGCUUCCGCCCAUCCCAUUCCCUGCCCCCCCCAAUCCCCUUCCCUGCUUCCCCCAAUCCCCUUCCCUGGUUCCCCCCAUCCCCCCCCGUUCCUGCUUCCCCCAAUCCCGUUCCCUGCUUCCCCCUAUCCCGUUCCCUGCUUCCUCCCAUCCUCUUCCCUGCCCCCCCCCCCAUCCCCUUCCCUACUCCCCCCUUUCUCCCUGUCCCCUUCUCCCUGUUCCCUGUCUCCGUGUGGCGGAAGGUGUACGUGGUGCGGAGCGUGUUGGAGGAGCGGUUUGAUGUGGUAAUCACCGAUGACGCCAUUCUCUGGCAAGUCAACCCCCGCCAAGCUGAGGGGAGUGCCAACUCACACCCGGUCGUCGCCAAAGGCGAUCUCUACACAGCGUGCAACAACACACGCAUGCUCAAGUUCUUUGACGACUGGAUUUCCCUGGCACAAGUGAUGAGCGCCUCUCUCUCGCACUUUCGCCCCUCCCUGCCACAAUGCUGCCGCCUCUUGUGCCUGCUGCCUGCUGCCCACGCCUUCCCUUCCACCUCUCCCACACCAUGUGCAUUUCAACACACCAACGCAAUCCCAAUCGCUCUUCCACUCACUCUACUCUCUCCCCAUUCCCUCCCCCUUUGCUCCUCUUCUUCCGCGCGGCAGACCAUCGAAGCGCCACAUCCAGCAGAUCUUCGACUGGAUCUGCCCCGAGACGAACCCGCCACCGCCACACCGCUUAUGGAGCGGUACCUGCCCACUCCGCACUUCGGCGGGUUCUGCGAGAUGGCUUCUCUUCUGUUGGAACUGUGA